AUGGUAUCCCAGACCCCGUCAGAGAUCCUGGACGGAAUCACCGCCGCCCGUGUCGCAUUUGAAAAGAACGAGGCAGGCUCAAGAGAGGCAUUGAUUGAUUACAGCCGUGCACUGAUUUCGUCCCUCGAAAUCCCUAGCGAGUUUGUCCAGCGUACCUUCUGGGCAGAGCCUGCCCAAUCCUCCAUUAUUCGCAUCGCGGUCGAUGUCAAGCUAUUCCAACACUUGCAGGAAGCCGGAGAGCAGGGACUGAGCCCAUCGGCCUUGUCCGAAAAAACAGGUAUCAAUGUCGUUCUCCUCGAACGAUUGAUCAGACACCUGGUCGCCAUGAACCUGAUUACCUUCCACAACGGUGUCUUCCUCGCAACAACCCUGAGCAACCAGCUCGCGGCCGAUAAAUACCAGGAUAGCAUUUGCUUCUGCUACGACGUCUCUCGCCCCUCCUUCAACGGCUUCCCCGAGCAUUUCAAAAACAACGGCUACAUCCCGCCCAGCCUCAGCGGCACAGACGGACCCUUCCAAUCAGCCCACAAGACAAACCAACCCUUCUUCGACUGGCUUGUCGCGACACCCCCUCACCUCGACCAUUUCAGCUCAUUCAUGGCCUCCUACCGCGUCGGUAAGCCAGACUGGUUCGACUUUUACCCAGUCCAGGACCGUCUGAUAGAAGGAUUCGACGCCUCCGCCAACGAGGCUCUCCUCGUUGACGUCGGCGGUGGCCGCGGCCACGAUGUCGCAACUUUCGCCUCGCGAUACCAGUCCCAUCCCGGCAAGAUUUUCCUGCAAGACCGCGAGCCCGUUAUUGCGACAGUGGACGUGGGUGCCGCCGGAGGUGGCUUUGAAGCGCAGGCCCAUGACUUUUUCACGCCGCAGCCUAUCAAGCAGGCUCGCGCGUACUCGCUGCACUCGAUCUUGCAUGAUUGGGGUGAUGACGAGAGUGUGAAGAUUAUUGAGAAUCUCGUCCCUGCGUUAAAGAGGGGUUAUUCGCGGGUGCUGUUUAAUGAGAUUGUUGUUAGCGAGGAGAAGCCUACUCUGGCAGCCACCAAUAUGGAUAUGAUGAUGCUGGCUCAUUUGAAUGUUCGCGAGCGAACUGAGGCCGAUUGGACGAGUCUGCUUGCCAAGGGUGGGCUGAAGGUUAUCAAGUUUCAUACAUGCCCGGGUGUUGCGGAGAGUGUGAUCGAGGCAGAGCUGGCCUGA